GGCGACAGGUCACGUGGCUUAAACUCCGCGCCGCUGAGGCCUGAUGGGGCGGAGCCUGCACCGGAGGCGGUGCAAACAUAGGUUACAGUGAGGAUUGUACUUGCAGUGACUGCUUGCCAUGGAGGCAAAUGGAAAGGGACCCCAGAGUUUCCCAGAGCUGAAGAAUGACACGUUCCUGCGAGCAGCCUGGGGAGAGGAAACCGACUAUACUCCCGUUUGGUGUAUGCGGCAGGCCGGUCGCUACUUACCAGAAUUUAGGAAAACCAGGGCUGCCCAGGACUUUUUCAGCACCUGUCGCUCUCCAGAGGCCUGUUGUGAACUGACUCUGCAGCCACUUCGUCGCUUCCCUCUGGAUGCUGCCAUCAUUUUCUCCGACAUCCUUGUUGUACCCCAGGCACUGGGGAUGGAAGUGACCAUGAUACCUGGCAAAGGACCCACCUUCCCAGAGCCACUAAGAGAAGAACGGGAUCUGGAGCGUCUUAGGGAUCCAGCAGCAGUAGCCUCUGAGCUGGGCUAUGUGUUCCAGGCCAUCACUCUCACCCGGCAACAGCUGGCUGGACGUGUGCCACUGAUUGGCUUUGCGGGUGCCCCAUGGACCCUGAUGACAUACAUGAUUGAGGGUGGCAGCUCAAGCACCAUGGCUCAGGCCAAGCGGUGGCUCUACCAAAGACCUCAGGCCAGUCACCAGCUGCUUCGCAUACUCACUGAUGCCCUGGUCCCAUAUCUAAUAGGACAGGUGGUUGCUGGUGCCCAGGCAUUGCAGCUCUUUGAGUCCCACGCAGGACAUCUUGGCCCACAGCUUUUCAACAUGUUUGCACUGCCCUACAUCCGUGAUGUGGCCAAGCGAGUGAAAGCUGGGUUACAGGAGGCUGGCCUAGCACCAGUGCCCAUGAUCAUCUUUGCUAAGGAUGGGCAUUUUGCUCUGGAGGAGCUGGCUCAGUCUGGGUAUGAGGUGAUUGGGCUUGACUGGACAGUGGCCCCAAAGAAAGCCCGGGAGCUUGUGGGGAAGACGGUGACCUUACAGGGCAACCUGGACCCUUGUGCCCUGUAUGCAUCUGAGACAGUGCCCUGUUGGUCCUCAGGAGGAGAUAAGUCAGCUGGUGCAGCAGAUGCUGGAUGACUUUGGGCCACAACGCUACAUUGCCAACCUAGGCCAUGGACUUUAUCCUGACAUGGACCCAGAACAUGUAGGGGCCUUUGUGAAUGCUGUGCACAGAUAUUCACGCCUACUUCGAAAGAACUAAGCAUACAACUUUUCCUUCAAGUACUGCUAACACAGAAAGUGUUUCCAGGAGAAUAAAGUUCUAGAGUUGGAGUCUA